AAUGUUCCUGGGGGGGAGGGGGAUGGGUGUGACUGAGAGAGAGAGGGGGGGGGGAGUGGGAGGGGGACGGAGGGAGGGGUGGGGGGAGGGGAGGGGAGGAAGAGUGGGAGGGGAGACGGAGGGGGAGGCAGAGCGGGAGGAAGAGGGAGAAGGGGGGGUGGAGAGAGAAGGGAGAUGGGGUGGUGCAUCGUUCUCAUUUCAAGUGGGCAUCGUUCUCAUUUCAAGUGGCAUGGUACAAUAGUCGCUUACUAGCUUAUAAGAAUCUAAACA